UUGCAACCUUCCCAGGGCAAGGAACCAUCCGCCAAGAUGGGAAAGUUGGAUCCUGAUCUCCAAGGGUUUCUGCAUCCCCUCCGUAUAGAUCAUGUCACACUCUAUGACCUCUCCCAUCGUCUGUCACACACAUAUCGGGAGCUGGCAGCCAGCUCAUCGGAGCAGUUCUUCCCCACCGCCAUCACCCAGCUGCCCACCGGCCAUGAAACCGGUCGCUAUCUGGCUGUCUAUCUCGGCCUCUCCUAUCUCCGGGUCGCCUUCAUUGAACUGCUAGGGCAUCAGCCAGUCGGAAGGCAACCUCAUGUAAGACGAACCCUGGAGAAGGCGUGGCCCAUCGAAGAGCGGCUCCGACGUGACCAAGCCCAGUCCCUAUUCGCCUGGAUUGGUGACUGCAUUGCCGAAGUCAUCGCGGAUGAUCUCGCCAACUCUAAAGGCGAUGCACCAAAGGAGCUCAUCAUGGGAAUCUCUUUCUGUUUUCCUACUAAGCAAAAGUUCCUCAAUGAGGCCAUUCUUAUGCCCACAGGCAAGGGGUUCGCCUUGAGCUCUUCCCUGAAUCUCCACCAAGCCUUGCUGGAUGGAUAUGAAUGUCACACCCGGCGGUCUGAUCAGGACUCAGGUGACAUGCCCACUAAGCGUCGCAAGACUUACUGUCUACCGAAGUUGAAGGUCACGGUCAUGACCAAUGAUACGGUCGCUACAUUAGCUUCUCUGGCAUACUCGAUAAGGGCCCUUCCCAAUACUCGAGUUGUCAUGGGGCUCAUCGUCGGCGCCGGCUGUAACUCUGCUAUUCCCAUGAAACUUGCUGACCUACAGGAACUGAAAGUGGCCCAUAUCCGAGAAAAGCAGCCAGAAGCGGAUGAGACCAUCGUUUCGACUGAAUGGACCCUCCACGGAGCAACCGGGCCUUUGGAGAAGCUCGGUAUCGUAACCAAGUGGGAUGCUGAACUGGAAGAACAUUCCAACCGUCCCGGUUUCCAGCCACUAGAGUAUAUGGUUGGUGGCCGUUACAUUGGCGAGCUCGUCCGCAUAAUCUCUUAUGAUUGGUUUCACGGAGUGAAGAGGAUCCCAAAGUCUUCAUUGCCAGAGGAACUGGUCGAAAGGAACUCACUAUCUACAGAAUUUUUGUCGCUUGUGGUGGCUUCGAGCUCCUCAAACGAACAUCUGGCCGUGGCACUGUCAAACCACCUCCCGUCACCAUCCUCGAGUGACUGGAUGUGGACCCCCGACUUCGCUGGACAUAUUCGAAUAAUCGCUGCGGCAGUCCAAGAGAGAUCAUCUGCCUUGGUUGCUGCAGCGACGGUUGGUCUUUUAGCAUGCACUGGCGAGGUAAAUUUGAAGAGCACAGCACACUUAGAACCGGAUGAUGAAAAUCACAAACCAGGCAAAUCGAUAAGCACUCAGAAUGAUACAGUGUCAGAUUCCAAAGCAGUGAUACCCGGUUGGCAAAAAGGGCCGGAGGAGCUGGUUGUGGCCGUGUCUGGUGGUGUGAUCCAGCACUACCCUCACUACAAGGACCGAAUUCAGCGACAUAUCGACCGAUUGAUUCUUAGUGCUGGACCACAGGGUGAAGGGAAGAGUGUCUUCCUUCGAGAGGCCAGCGAUGGUGGAAUAGUUGGGGUGGGCGUUCUGGCUGGUACUGCGGCCGGAGAAAUUCAGGAAAUAAUUGGCUCGACCUUGGAAUCAGAGCGCAUUUAGGUGGAAUCACCAUUCGAAGGCCACCCGAGAACAAUAUGAAAUAAUUAUUGAUACUUUCGACCAAUAUGGAGUGUUUACAGCCUAU